AGGGAGGGAAGGCCGAGGCCGGCCGCCCCGUAGCUCUUGCCGGCACUGAUCGGGGGGGCCGGCGCGUCCCGCUGGCGGCCGGGCGGGGACCUGCCUCCCCCCUGCCCCGUUCCUGAGGGAGCUGCUGGUCGGCCGCAGCUGCCUCAGUUGGAUGUCAGCUCUGCGCUGUUGAUUUUGCAAGGGUAUCAUAUUGGGAACUGCAGGAAUCAGGAGAGCAGAGGCACACUUCAGUGCAGAGUCUUUGCACAAAUCAUUUGUACCUGGACACUACUUGCAAGCUACCUACUGAAGGAGAUUUCAUCGCUUCCCAAGUCUUUUGCAGGAAAAGGUGGGUGAAUGAUGAAUCACUUCAUGGUUCUGUCAGUACUGCUCCCCCUGAGGACUUGCUACACUACAUACUCACAGCAAGAAUCCAUUGUGUUUCCAGUAACAUACCUUAACAUUUCAAAGGAUUUGGCUCGUCAGCAGCUGCUGGUGGAAUGGGAUGUUGUCAAGUCAGCGCAUGAUGCUGAGCUAGCAAUGUCUUUUGAAAUACAAGUCCGUCGAUUAGAUGAAACUACUACUAUGUGGACAGAGUUUCAUAACGUCACACUUGAUAAAUCAGGAAACCCUCUUCAUUGGGUAUGGGAUUCAGACUUACCGUUGGAGUGUGUGUCACACUCAGUGAGAAUCAGGAGCAAAGCAGAAGCAUCAAAAAUCUGGAGUCAGUGGAGUCUGUGGGAGACUGUCCUGGGACUGGACACUUCAAAUAACAGUGGAGCACAAAUCUUUCCAAAUGAAAAAAUUGUAGAGGAAGGCUCUGACAUCACUUUUUGUUGCAUUGGAAGGAAAGGUCAAAUCAUUAAGAAAUUGUUUAUAGACCCAGGUGUUGGUGUUUUCAGACACACAAACAGUCAAGUCGGAUUUCUCACUCUGAAAAAUGUGUCACAUCAUGGAGUGCCUCACAGCUCUGUCUACUGUCAGGAGUCUUGCAGUGAAGAGCAAUGCUAUGAUCAUGCAGUUUUCUUUGUGGGUAAACCACCCGAUACACCUAAUGAUUUCUCCUGCCAAACUCAAGACAUGAGAAUAAUAACGUGUACUUGGAGCCAAGGAGACACCCAUCUUUAUGGACGCCAUUCACCAAAAUACAUCUUGUUUGAAGAGUUUUCCCAAAAAAUGGUUCCGUGCACAGUAAGUUGUUCUGAGCAGUGCUCAUGUUCUUGGGACAUAGGCCAGCAGAGGAUCUGUAAUAUCACCGUGACUGUGGAAAACCCACUGGGAAAGAAAACUGCCACGGAUGUUUUUGAUGUAACUCACAGAAUUUAUCCUGCUGCACCCUUCCAGCUAUGGGAAGAAUGCACAGAUACAAAAAUCACAUUAUAUUGGAAACAUCGAAACAAAGGAAUUGAACUGUUUUGUCAGACUGAAGUGCUCCAACCUGAUGGGAAAGUAGAACUGCACAAUAGUUCAGACACGCAUCUCGAUUAUGCCAGCAUCACCCUCGGUGGGCUGCAGCCAUACACUGGGUACACAGUUAGAGUACGCUGUGGGGUAGCUAAUCAUUUCUGGAGGUGGAGUGAAUGGAGCGAAGCCCGAACCAUCAGAACAACAGAAUCAACUCCAUCAGGGACACUGGACAUAUGGAGAGAAAUUAUACCAGUUCAGGGGGGACGGAAUGUGACCUUGUUCUGGAAGCAAGCACCAAGUUUUCGAGCAAAUGGAAGAAAUAUUUCAUAUGAAGUAACCUGGAAAAAAGUAGAAGAUGGCUCUAAGCCUGAAAGCAUCUCCUUUUCAUCAGUCUACAAUAGCACAAGGAUUUCCAUUGAUAACCAUUCCUACAGAAUCAGUAUAAUGGCGAAGAACAAUGUUAAUUGUUCACUCCCUUCAGUAUUGAUCAUCCCUACAGCUACAGGCACUGAGGAGCUUAAAGAAGAACAGGUUAAUGGUACAGAUGAUGGCAUUUUUAUUUCCUGGGAGCCCAGACAUAUUUAUGACAGUUACAUUAUCGAUUGGUGUAAUUAUCCGAUGUUACAGCCUUGUGAUUUGCAGUGGAAGAGAUUUGGGCCCGAUACUUCCAGUGCUCUGAUCAACUCAGUUGCUUUUGUUCCGGGGGUGAGAUACAACUUCCACAUCUAUGGAUCUGCUGCUAAUAGAGCCUCCUUAUUGGAGAAGAAGACUGGUUAUCUCAAGGAGCUACCUCCUCUGCAUGACCCUACAGUGGAAAAAGUUGAACUGACUUCCAGUGCAGUAACACUGUCCUGGGAUUAUCACCUCAAAAAUGAGUCUGGUUUUGUAAGAGGUUACCAUGUUUAUGUGUCACCUGUACAAGAGGACUGCAGUUUGAAAGGAUCCAAAAAACAUGUUCUGCCAGAUGGUGCAGUGCUAUGUAAAUACACAAUUGAAAACCCAGAAGAAAAGAGAUACACCGUGAAACACCUAUUGCCAAACACAAAAUACAAACUAGUGGUUAAAGCAUAUACAGGUGCAGGAGAGACUCCCAUCGUUAGCUUUAGAUACAUAGAUACACCGUUUAACUCAAACACGCUGUACCUUCUAGUCCUGCUAGUGAUAGUUCCAUCACUAGUAGCAGCUAUAUGCCGCUGGAAGAUGAAGUGGGUGAAGGAGUGCUGUUGUCCUGUAAUACCUAGUCCUAACAAGAGCAAAGCGCUGUCAUUCAAAGAGUUUAAGACUGGUUCUGAGAAAGUACUGAAAAUAAGUGACUGCAUUCCUGACAUGCUAGCAGUGGACAGUAAGGCCGAAGCCCAGAAAUUACAUCCAUGGAGCCAGUUGUCUUCAACACCAACAGAAGAUAAGAUGGAUGGUCACAAUUCUUCCUGGGUUUACCCUAAUGACAAUGAAGAGAGAGACUCUACAUCCACACCGACACCUCAGACUCAUACUUGGUUUGAAAAUUUUGCUUAUUCUUCUCAUCUUGCAGUUGAAUCCGAUCCCUAUCAACUACCGGAGACACGAGAAGGAAGCAAGACGGAACUGCCAGUGGUGCUGUACCAGCCACGAUACUACUUUGAUAUUUUAAAUGAAGAUGCUGCCUCAACACCCAGAGAAACAGCUGGCAGAAAGACCAGUCUGAGAUACAUUUCACAAACGGCUGUGCACUGCCUAGGGAGGAGGCUUUGAUCUACUCUCCUCCAUCGAGUCCGUCCUGUGUUUGUUUACGCAAUAUAAAUAAGGAUUUCUAAAACCACAACUACUUCUCCUUUUGAUGAAGGCUUUCACAAGUCCACCUGCCCUGCUUCUGAUAACGCUGCAAAGCUCUUGCUUCAGGACUAGUUUAAACACGCUAAUUUGUGGACAGGACUGAUGCGUGCUAUGGUUUCGUCACAAGUUACAGGCAUCGUAUAAGAGUUAGGGGCUGUUUUGUGGCCUGUGUUACGUAGAAGGUUAGAUCACAGCAGUUUCUUGUGGCCUGGUGUGAAGAACUACUAUAUUUUGCAGCGAUUAAAAAUUCAUUCAGCAAGUAGAGGAGCAAGCCAAACAAGCAGGUGGGUUGUUGUGCUGCAGGAGUGCAUUUCACUUGCAGUGUUGUGUGUGUGCUUAGGCCGUGCUCUGGCCGCCCCCAGCCAGGGUGUGUGGUGCGGCUGCACACAGAGCAUUUCCCAGCGCUGGCAGCUGCCUCAGCCCAGGAACAGCGGGGAGGAGGGUUGGAUUUUCCCCCUCUCAAAUGACGUCAGGAAUUAAUAUGGAAGGGUUACCUGCCUUCAGUGUGGCGCAUUACUAAAAGAUGAGGAUGACCUUGGUGGUCGACACAGGUAGUCCCCUGUGCACUGAAAUCCAGUGGUUGUCCUGCUUCUACUUCAGGUAUCUUUUAACUACACUUGGUAGUUGAAAGAGCAGAGAAAACAGGUUUUUAUAGUUCAGGCCUCUGUUACUGGGCUGCUGCUCCCAUUUCUGGUAACUGGGACCCCUCACACUUCUGCCUUCUCUGCCUGGAAGAAUGACCCUUUAAAAUCCUAAACAAAAUCCUCUUAACUAAACAAAGAAUUGGGGGGAGUUAAGAGGGAAGAAGCAGUUUUUCCAGCAGGACAGCUGUUUGCAGAGGUGUUACCAUGGCGCUGUCUCUCCACUUGUGUACACAAACUUCACUUCUUUUGGCAUUAACCCCUGCACUUACCUGGCAAGCCCCAAACCACCAGGAGAGCAGACGCACAUGCAGAGGUGUGAAUCCCAUUUGCAAGAUCAUGUUCAGGCUGCACAUGAGCUAGAGCUUCCAACACUACAUUUGCAUGCAUUAAAAAAAAUAUUCUGUUGUAACACUCAGCACCCCUACAGUAGGCAGUGGUGAAUUUGGUCUUCCAUUUCGAUUUUAAAAAGUUGUGCAUUUGUAAUGAAGCAGAAUAGUUGGAAUUGUAACUGCAAGUCUCAUCAGAUCAACAUCCUUAGUGCACAAGGAGCCUUUUGGUUUUGCCUUAUUGUGAUGCUGUCUGGAAUCUUUCAGAAAUAAAAGAAUUUGACUUAAGAACACAGAAUAAGCAGUUGUCAAAAGGUAAAAAAUUAAGUGUUUUUUACAAUUUGAUCUUCAGCUAAUUUGUUAAAAUGCAGUUACUCAUCUUCCCUAUGCGUAACUACCUGAUCACACUUCAUAAAAACUAAGGAGCUGCAGAGUUUUGAUACUGAACCACAUGUAGGUUUUGUACUGUUGCUUAAAGAUACUGUUGUAAUGUCCCUGAGCUGUGUUGCAACAGGAAAACCAAAGGAGACCGUACGCAGACUUUUGCUGAGACAAGUGUUGGCUGCAGAGCCGGAGCAGGCGAAGGUGAGGUGCAGAGGCAGGUACAAACCCUGGGGUGAGCAGCUGUGCUCAGGAGUCCACGCAGACUGCACCGUGUCUGCAGGCAGGUCCUGCACAGAUUUACUUGGGAAGUGGGAAAACAAGUGCGGUGCAUUUGCUUCCUUUCAGCCUGCAGGCAGCGGGGUAAGGAAAGGUGGCUGGUGUCACUCCGCUGAACUGCAGUUUGGCAGAGAAGAGGGCAGUGAGGGAGAGGGCUGGGGCCGUUCAGUGGGGACAUCCCAGAGAAACUCCUGCUCUCUUCCCGUUACUCUCCUUCGAGUUACUGUGCAUUUAAAGAUUUGCUACCACAGUGUCUUUACAAUUUAAAACAUUUCCUUCUCCAUAGUGUUUCAUCACAUCAGAUGUACUUGUGUAGUUCAAAAGAUUUACUGCUGAAAAAAAAAAAAAACAUAAAAGGGAGCUGUUUUGCCACUACUGACAUAAAACUUCCUACCUGUGCAUUUCAAAAAAGGCCCGUUUAUUUAUAAAGAUUUGCAAGGUAUCCUAAAUCAAUCUAAGGAAUUGUGAUACAGGAGUCAGUCAAAAGUCAGACAAUUCCAUGAAACAUGUUAAAUUCCAACGUGUUGCAGUUCCUCAUGCCAGAGAACAGCCCUAACAAAGGGCAAAUUCCUACUUUUGGAAAAGCUGCCGUCAGUGGAGCUUGGCUGCAGCAAUCAGUGAGCGGAGGGGGAUGCGGGUGGGCGCCACGUGGCCAGUUGUGCCUGCCUGGUCGUGGGGCAAGACACCUUGGCCUGUUUAAAACUCCCACCUCUGCUCCCUUCGUCUCCCCUGGGGAGAUCCUGCACUGAUGAAACUUCAUUAUCUGGAAGCAAGGAAACCCGGUACCAGGUGCCAGUUGCUCAGCGAGGCGAUGAGAAGUGUGGUGUAUCCUUUCUGCUUGCUGGCCCUGAGGGGUGGCGGUCCAUGAAACCACCUGUGCUUAAAAGCACACAAACAGGGGAUUCCAGGGAGGACAAUGCCUCUGUGCCAGUCAACAGGCAUGGUCCAGGCACUAGAACUAGAAAUAAAGAUUAGACAAGUAUUUUUGCAUGGGUGGGGAGGCAUGUAUAAUUUUUAUCUUUAAGACAUCUGUCUCGCAUUAAUAUUUGAGUUCAAAGCUGUAAACUUCUGUCAUUAUUUUUGUUUAUAGUUCAACUUUCACAGCUGUUGUUGAAAUCCUAAUGUGUAAACCAGCAUAUAAUAGAAAAUCACUAAUUCUCAGUAUCAGCAUGCUAAAUUUUUAAAAUAAAAGUGGUGUACAAACAAUUAAAGGGUUCCCUUCUAUUUUUAUAAGACAUCUUACAAAACAUUAAUGUAAAAUAUGUUUUUGACAAAACAAUGUUUAUUUGGA